AUGUUUGUCAAACGGGGGCUUGUCAAUUGUGGGUGUGUGCUUCGAGCAGUGGGGGACAUCGCACGCGAAAUAGAUACAUCUCGUUAUCAAAAUGGAAAAGAUGACGAGGUACAAGUAUACACCGUUGAUGGUGUUUCAAAUCAUCCUCAUGGUUUUAUUUCUCAUCUUUGUCCAAUACAUCUCGUUAUCAAAAUGGAAAAGAUGACGAGGUACAAGUAUACACCGUUGAUGGUGUUUCAAAUCAUCCUCAUGGUUUUAUUUCUCAUCUUUGUCCAGUAUGGUGGUGAUGAGGAUGCUGAUAUUAAAGGAUAUGAAGACACACAUGUAAUGAUAUUUAUUGGUUUUGGCUUCCUGAUGACCUUCCUAAAGAAAUACUGUUACAGUGCUUUGGGUUUUAACUGGCUCUUAGCCGCACUGGCUAUUCAAUGGGCCCUACUAUGCCAAUCCUUUUAUCAUAUGAAAGAUAAUACAAUACUUCUUACAAAGAAAUCAUUGUUCGAGGCAGAUGUCAUGUCAGCGACUGUUUUAAUUACCUUCGGUGCGGUAUUGGGUAUCGCUAGUGGAGCACAGCUAUUGUUCAUAGCCCUGGUGGAGAUUGCCGUCGGAUGCUUAAACCUGUACAUAAUUGGUGAUAUCUUUAAGGCUUCAGAUGUCGGUGGAUCUAUAGGUAUUCAUACAUUUGGUGCAUAUUUUGGGCUUGGAGUUAGUACUGCAUUGAGGAUAAAGAAAGGCGAAGUACCAGAAGCAUCUAGGUUGGAUGGCCCGAACUACAACUCUGAUGUAACAGCUAUGAUUGGUUCUAUAUUUUUGUGGAUCUAUUGGCCGUCAUUCAACUCAGCCUUGACUGUAUCGCCAGCUGAAUACCAAAGAGCUAUUAUCAAUACCUAUCUUUCUCUCGCUGGUGCCACAGUAACAGCCUUUGUGGUGUCUUCUAUGGUGAACCACCAAAAAGGCAAGUUUGAUAUGGUGCAUAUUCAGAACUCAACGUUGGCUGGUGGUGUAGCUAUAGGAGCUGUUUGCAACAUGUUCAUUACUCCUGGUAUCGCCAUCGCUAUUGGCAUCGGUGCUGGCAUUCUCAGUGUUUGUGGUUAUCGGUUUCUGUCGCCAGCGUUAGAGAAAAUUGGUAUCCAAGAUACCUGCGGAGUCAACAACCUUCAUGGCAUGCCGGGCAUAUAUUCUGGUAUUUUAUCCAUUUUGUUCGCCGCAUUAGCCACAUCUGAGAGAUAUGGAUCCGAAUUACCUGGUAUAUUCGCAGCUAUGGAGAGCGGAAGGACGGCCGGCGGCCAGGCUUUGUACCAGCUGGCAGCUCUGGGUGUGACAUUGUUGUUAUCAUUUGGUACAGGAGUGAUUACAGGUUUGCUCGCAAAACUGCCACUGUUUGAGCCCCUGAAGGAAUCGGACAGAUACAACGACGAAAUCAACUGGGAACUGCCCUAA